UCUUCGCGUGGGUCAUGGCGAAACCGAAACCGUACCCGCCUUUUCCAUUCUAUAUGUAUACAUAUAUACGCACUGAUGAUACAUACAAAUUAUCAUCCUAUUUGAUUUCUUCUCCGACGAACACAGCUCUGGGAAAUGGUUUCCAGUGCCGACCGAUCGGAAUUAGCCUUCUUCGACGUGGAGACCACAAUCCCGACCCGACCCGGACAGGGACGGGCGCUCCUCGAAUUUGGAGCCAUCCUGGUUUGCCCCAGGAAACUGGUGGAGCUCCAGAGCUACUCGACCCCGGUCCGACCCGCUAACCUCUCCCUCAUCUCCAACCUCAGCCGACGCCGCAGUGGCAUCACCAAAGACUCCGUCCUUUCCGCCCCCUCCUUUGCCGAAAUUGCCGACCGGGUCUUCGAUAUUCUCCACGGGAGGAUAUGGGCGGGUCACAACAUACUGAAUUUCGACUGUGCUCGGAUACGGGAAGCUUUUGCUGAGAUCAACCGGCCCCCGCCGGAGCCCAAGGGCACGAUUGAUUCGUUGCCUCUGUUAACUCAGAGGUUUGGUAAUAGAGCCGGUGACAUGAAGAUGGCCACACUUGCAAGUUAUUUUGAGCUUGGACAGCAAACACAUAGGAGUUUAGAUGAUGUCCGAAUGAAUCUUGAAGUUCUCAAGCACUGUGCAACAGUACUUUUCUUGGAAUCAAGCCUGCCAGACAUACUUACAGAAAACAGUUGGGUUUUUCCAAAUGCUACCGCAAGAUAUCAUGCAAAUGCAAAUGCUUCUCCAGGUGGUAUGGUCGUGAACAUGAAUGCAUCUUCAUCAAGUGUCAGAAGUGAAAAUCACCCAUUUUCAGAUCAUAGGAAUGCAAACGUGGAAGCAAAUCAUCCAAUACUGUCUCUUAUGGCUCCUAACACAGGGGAUAUUGUUCCGGAUCAUGCUGAACCCAGUGCAGGUCGGGCCGACCAUUUUGUCAUGAGCCCACUAACUGAUGAAGUGGAGAGAGAAUCCCUUCAACCAGAUGACGCCAUGGAUGAAGAAUCUGGCUCAGUUUCAGAAUCUCCAGAGACUUCUACUGCUGCUGGUUCCGAGGGCUCCAGUGGCUAUACUGACUUCUUACAGCCUGAUGAAGUUUAUAUUCCUUCUAUCAAUGCAUCUCUUGCCCCAUUUUGUCGUGGUACUCAAAGAAUACAGAUAUUGCACGAAAAUAUUACACUGCAGCUUUGCUGUACCAAGUUGAAAGUGCGGUUUGGAAUGAGUGCAAAAUUUGUUGAUUAUGCUGGCCGGCCACAGUUGAAUUUUGUUGUGGACGCUACCCCAAGACUUUGCCAGGUUUUGGAUGUGUGUGAUAAUCAUGCACAAAAAUUGUCUGUAGAGUCUGGUAGCAGUUCUGAGUGGAGAUACAUAGUGACCAGAACGACGGGUUUCAACUCACCUACGGUGCGAUUGAACAUAGCUAAUGUAGCAGACGGGAAUGUUGCCGGAUGGUCCACAGAGAUAUAUGAAAAGGAAUCUUCUUCCACCCCGCGGAAGCUCGUGUUCAGUAGGUUUGAUGUUGUAGAACUUGAUUCAUUGUUCACUCCUGGCACUUUCGUGGAUGCCUACUUCUCCUUGGACACACAUGACUAUCAGCAGAGAGCUGGUAUCCGGCUGGUGGCAAAGAAGCUGAUAGUGCAUUCUACCUGAUCGGUCGUCUUCUAUGCAAAUUUAUAACAUGUUUAAAUCUUUAGGAUUUGUCAUUCUAAUUUGUUAGGUUAAAUGAAAUGGAGGUGGAUGCUGAAAGUGGAAAAGAUAACUGAAGUAACUUGUAAAUUCCCAAAUUUGUGGGUUCCUUUUGGAGCUACAUGAUCGUGUUGAUGUAACUCCAAUAACCCUUGCUGAUUAAUUUGCUUAUCUGAACAAAUUAUUCCAGCAAUUAUCUAUUCCAAGUUGUUCACCUAGUGUAAGCUUGAGGUCUUGAAUUUAGUUGGAAAAUUAUUUGUCAAAAUAGUGAAUGCAUCUAUAGGGCUAUCUCCAACGGCGUUGUUAUUUCUGCUCGCCAGGCCGAAUAUAGGGAGCCAAGCCCAAAUUGAAGCCUCCAACGGAUCUCGUCAUCGCCAAAUUCCUGGCGAAGCUCAAAAGCAUCGCCAGAUGUGGCGAUUGAAAUCUUGCCAUCCCACCAGCGACCAACGGAGGCUUGCUGUUCAUCGUUGGAGGCUGCAGCGACCAGCGGAAGCGCCGCCGUUAAUGGCAACGAGCAGAACGAUCUGCGGUGGCAACGAGCAGAAUGACCAGCGGUGGUGCUUGCGCGGCUUGCUGUUUGGUUUGUGAUUUUGUUUCUGUUUUUUUUAAUUUAUUUAUUUGUGUAUUGAGUGAGUGAUAUUGUGUAUUUGUAUACUUAGUUAUUGAUUUAUGUAUUUGAUUAUUAAGUUUGUGUAUGUAUGUAUUUGAUUAUUUUGUAUAUUUGAUUAUUAAUUUUGAAUGUA